UAAAAGUCAGAGGCUGCAGGAGGACGCAAGGGGUUAAAGUUCUGACCACUGUCUGCAUGUAUAAAAUUAUAUCACCUUAUCUGAAAAGUUUAGGCUCAGAAGAAAAGCCUCAGUUUAAAACACCUUUUAGGUUUAUUAAAUCUUUAGGCUGAAGAUUACAGCAAGUGUUUUGUCUUUGGUGAGUAGCUGUUUGUCUCACUUUAUUUACUUGGUAUUGGGUAUUUGUCAAUGUCAUUUCAUAUCUGCAGAAAAUUCAUACAUUCUAUGGAAGUAUGUAUGUGUGUGAGUGUGCUGAAGGUCACAUGACUGUUUCAUCCUAUUUGGUGGAGCAGCUUGACUUUUUUUCCCUUGCUUUUGGUGAUGGUUGUGAGUGCAGAAGUUGAUUGACAGAUGCAUGCCAGAAACCCCCAUUCUCCUUUUCAAAGACUACAUAUGAUGGAUUGCGAUCUUUCAGCUCAGCAGGACACAGGGACCAUGCAAGCUGUAAUUGGUCAGGUAUGGAGUCAGCCAUUUCUCAACUCCCCUUUUAUUUUUUUUUUUUUUCCACAAGGGUCUAACCAUAUGAUUCACAUAAUUCAUAUUUACAGUACCAUCUUUCUAUCUGUAUCUUCAGCUACCAGCGAGUGUAGGACUGAAAGUGAGAAAGGCAAAAGAACCACAAUAAUCUGGCCAGGGAAUCACUAGUUAAACCUAAAAUACCGUGCUUUUCUCCUAAUAAACCCGGGUUAUAAUUUAGUCUGAGCUUUGCCAAAUCAAGCUAUUUAUUAAUUUUCUGUUGUAUUUUGUUUAAAUGUGCUAAAGUAGAAGAAGCGAGGAGUGCAAGUGUUAUGUUUGUUGGGGAGUUGCUUUCUAUUUCUAAUGCUGUUCAUUAUUUCUAUAUUGACUGUAUUGCUGUACUACAGGCUGUGGAUUUUAUACAUUUUUUUUCUCUUUUUCUUUUUUUCUUCUUUUACUCCUAACCCAGAUAAUGUGUGAUUGAGCUUGGUAAAUGUAGUAGUCUUUGCUGCUGCAGAGGGACAGCCUGCAAAUUAAACACUGCCACAAUCUGAAAGGUCCAGGUGGUCUGCUCGUGCUUCCUAAUGCAAUCCAGCACAACAGCUUUAAUAAACAGCUCUAUUUAGUUCUCCCUCCCUGUAUCCAGGGAAGUGAACUGGUCUGGGGCUGCUGUGAUGAAAUGCCAGAAGAAUAUCUCUCAAAGGCCUCACAAGCUGAUUUUUAGAGCUUUUCCGUUUUGUCGUCUUUGUCUUCCAAAUGGGAUCCAAUGAUAGCUGGACAAGUCAGUAAGCCCUUGCUGUCACUGCAGAGUGAAAUGAAUGCAGAGUUGAGAGGUGAGGACAAGGCAGCUACUUCAGACAACGAGCUGAAUGAGCCCCUGCUUGCGCCUGUGGAAUCAAAUGACAGCGAGGACACUCCCAGCAAGCUCUUCGAGGCCAGAGGAAACACAGUGCUGCCUGACACGAGCCCAGCAGACCAGCACCAGCCCAGUCAGUCCCAUCCUGCAUUCCCUGUUGGGCCUCAGCCACUCCUGACAGCCCAACAGUUAGCCUCAGCAGUAGCGGGGGUGAUGCCAGGAGGCACUCCAGCCCUGAAUCAGCCGAUCCUUAUUCCUUUCAACAUGGCUGGGCAGCUGGGAGGCCAACAAGGGCUCGUCCUAACUCUGCCUACCGCGAAUCUCACCAAUAUCCAAGGGCUGGUAGCAGCAGCUGCAGCAGGAGGCAUUAUGACUUUGCCAUUGCAAAAUCUACAAGCUACCUCAUCCCUGAAUUCCCAGAUUCAACAGCUUCAGCAUCUUCAGCAGCUCCAGCACCAACAGCAGCAGCAGCAAAGCCAGCAGCAGCAGCAAGGUCAGCAGGCACAGACUCCACAGCCACCCCAGCAGACCCAGCAGCCACAGCCACAGCCGUCAGCACCACCGCAGCAAAACCAAACCCAGUCCCAGAGCCAGAGCCAGCCGCCUCUGGCCUCACAGUCCUCCAGCUCCCCUCAGAAACCCAGCCAGUCACCAGGGCAUGGCCUUCCGUCUCCUCUUACUUCACCAAAUCCAUUGCAGCUGGUUAAUAAUCCACUAGCAAGUCAAGCAGCAGCGGCUGCAGCAGCAGCAGCCAUGGGCUCAAUAGCGAGCUCCCAGGCCUUUGGCAAUGCCCUCUCCAGUCUUCAGGGGGUCACAGGUCAACUCGUCACUAAUGCACAAGGACAGAUUAUUGGAACAAUCCCACUGAUGCCUAACCCAGUCCCCUCCAGCCAAGCGGCAGGUGGAGCUCAGGGACUUCAGGUGCAGCCGAUAACUCCACAAUUAUUGACCAAUGCCCAGGGUCAGAUCAUCGCUACCGUCAUCGGCAACCAGAUACUCCCAGUGAUCAAUACCCAGGGAAUAACACUAUCACCACUCAAACCAGGCCAGCAGCUCCAUCAGCCCUCCCAGACGCAAGUGGGACAAGCAGCCUCACAAUCCAAUCUCCUGCAUUUGGCUCACAGUCAAGCAUCUAUGUCUCAAAGCCCAGUGCGUCAGGCUUCCUCUUCUUCCUCCUCAUCCUCCUCCUCUUCAGCUUUGAGUGUUGGCCAGUUAGUCAGCAAUCCUCAGACAGCCACGGGAGAGGUGGAUGGGGUGAAUCUGGAAGAAAUCCGAGAGUUUGCCAAAGCUUUUAAAAUCCGGCGCCUGUCCCUUGGCCUGACACAGACUCAAGUUGGCCAAGCCCUAAGCGCCACGGAAGGCCCAGCCUAUAGCCAGUCUGCCAUCUGCAGACACACCAUCCUGAGAAGCCACUUUUUCCUACCACAGGAAGCCCAAGAGAACACUAUAGCUAGCAGUCUGACAGCCAAACUGAACCCUGGCCUUUUGUAUCCUGCCAGGUUUGAAAAGCUGGACAUCACCCCUAAAAGUGCCCAGAAGAUAAAGCCGGUGCUUGAGCGGUGGAUGGCUGAGGCUGAGGCCCGCCAUCGAGCAGGUAUGCAGAACCUUACCGAGUUUAUUGGAAGCGAACCAUCCAAAAAGCGCAAGAGGCGCACCUCAUUCACGCCACAAGCCCUUGAAAUCUUGAAUGCCCACUUUGAGAAGAACACGCACCCCUCUGGGCAAGAAAUGACAGAGAUUGCAGAGAAACUGAACUAUGACCGGGAAGUAGUUAGAGUUUGGUUCUGCAAUAAGAGGCAAGCACUGAAGAACACAAUUAAACGUUUGAAACAACACGAGCCUGCGACAGCAGUUCCUAUGGAGCCUUUAACAGACUCUCUGGAAGAAAACUCCUAAAAACAAAACUAAACCAAACCACACACAAAACCAAACCCCUGCACCAACAGAAACGUAACCAUUUGAACUCUGUGAAAAUACCUGUUCAUCACCCUUGUAAGUAAAAGACUGAGAAAACUGCAAGAAGGACAGAACAGUUUAUAAAUGUCCAUGGGAUUUCCUAUUUAAAAAACUAAAUGAAAAACUACACAACACUCAGUGUGUGUGUGUGUGUGUGCGUGUCGUAGAAUUAGUUCCUCCCCUCCUAAAAAAAAAAAGCCAGUUUUUUUAAAGGGACUUAAAGUAAACCAAAUAACUGCUUACUUUUUUUCUGUAUAUUAUGAAAAUAUGAACACAUUUUAAGGAAAAACAAAACAAACAAAAAAAAAAGAACAAAAAUGAAAGGAAAAAAAAAAAAGACAAAGAAAAACUUUUAUCUGUUUAAAAGAGAAUACAAGCCUGCCACCUGGAGGAGUGAUUGUAGCCUUUCAGGUAUCAAGUGCUGAUUCACUAUGAAACCUAUUAACCAAAGUCAGAAAUAUGGCAUUGCAAACUAGAUUGUUAAUCUACUCUUUUAUGAGUGUACAAUUGUGUUAUGAAUUUUUACAUUUGUAUUUUGCAAACAGGAGAACAACAGGAUUAAUUUCUCUCAUCCUUCCUUGUUCGCACCCCCUGCAGGUGUGUACAAACAGGGGUUAAAGCCAUUCCAUAGUGGUCACCUCCUUUUCUUUUGGUUUUGCAAUCUCCAAGUGUUUGGGUGCCAAAAUUAAUUUGUUUUUAUUGUGAUUUGCAGGGUUUGGUAUUUCUCUUCUAAGGGUGUAUGUCCUGGUUUCCAUUUCUUUUCCUUUUCGCUGGUUUCUUUUGCUGCCUCCUUCUCCCAGCUCGCUCUCCCUCUCCCCCCCCUUCCCAAGCCCACAUAACCCAGUACUAUUUGAAGAUUUUUAAAAGGAAAAGUGAAAUCUGAACACUUUUAUAUUGGUAUGCUGAAAUGCAAUAGAGGACAAAGAAGGAUUAGGAUUAUGUCUGAUGAGCUGUCAGCCCAUGCUGAACAUUGUGCUUCUUGUCGAAUGGGUAGCUUGGGAUUUCUCUGUCCUUUGGCCGUGAACCUGGAGAGGUUACCAAAACUCAUUUUGUAGUAUAACUCUAAACUGCACACUUGGUACCAUACUGCAUUUUUAUUAUGGUUCUGUUUGAAGCAAUUUCUCUCCAAAGUCUGCUAGCCAAAGAAAUUUCUUGAGAUUCUGCUGAAAACACGUGGACAGGCCGAGAAGUGAUGAGGAUGUUUUGGGUUUUACAUCACUAUGGACUGUUUCAGUGGUAGUGCUUUGUUCCUUCUGCUUUUAUUUUUAAUGUCAUCUGGUAUUGAUGCUUGCCCUGUUGUCCUCUUCAGUGGGAGGAUGUGUUUCUCCAGGUGUUUGCUGUGACCACUGGCUAGACUAAGCAAUCAGGAUACAGAGAAACCCUCUGAAUCUCCUUUGGGAAUUGUAAGGUGGGCCACCUGCAAUAUGUAACAGGUGAAUUGAUUUUCCUUUAAAGACAGUGUAUCUCUGUGGCUUCUCUUUUGAUUGGACAAACAUCUUCUAAAAUCCUGUGAUUAUUGGACCUAUGAGUAUACCAAGGCUCAGAGGGACAGAGAGGUGUUGCAGGUUCUUGAUGGGGUAUGGGCUGACCUGUGAAUGUCACCUGCAGUUUUCCUCUUCUGCUGAGCUCUGCUCCAGCCUUUGGGGUUCAGCCCACUAUUAGGGUAGAAGCUGCAUCUCAAUCAGGACUUUCCAAAAGAGUACUUUGGGGAUUUGGUUCACCUCACUAUAGAGGUGGCAGAGUAAAAUUCUGCUGGUACAAUUCCUAAUUGCAUUCACUAACCACAGGAUGGUUGUACUGGAUUUUUGCUGGUCUGCCCAGGAUGUUGAAGGAUGUUCCCAAAGUGCUGGAGUCUUCAAAUAACAUCUCUCUUGUGCAGUUCUCAAGAACUCAAGGCUGUAUACAAAACUUAAGUGAAAGAAAGGGACUUCCAUUGAUUUCACUAGGCUUUGAAUCCAGCCUCGCUACUUUAUUAACGGGGUUUGCCUCGUAGAAUGGGGUCUUGCUGCGUGGUUGGUGGAGUUUUAAGGUUUCAGAGACCAUCGUCUGUGCAAGAAACUGCCUCUAAAUGUGAGCACUCUCAAAGGUCAGGGUUGGAGAGCACUGAGGAUCCAGUACUCUGGGCUGGGCUCAUGUCCAGUGAAUGCAUUUUAGGCUUUAAGCUUCGGUAGGGUAUGUUUAAGGAUAUUUUCAGUAUUGCUUUUAUGUGGAGGAGAGUGAGAAUUUUUACUGACUCUUUUCCAACUGUUGAUAUAUAAAUAUCUGCCAGGGGAAAAAAAUCUCAGUAACCACAGACAAAUUGUGAGAGACAAAAAAGAUGUUUUACCCAAGCCGAGCACGUGAAGUAAAGAGUUUCACCACAACAUCUGCCUCUUUGGGUUUUCUUUUUUCCCCUCUGUAUCAAUAGAUGCCUAUAUCCGCAGAUCUGUCUAUGUUAUCUAUACCAGACAGCCCUAAACUUGUGGCCACAACUCACUUUACAUAACUAUUAGGAAAGCACCCAGAAGCCAACAGGGAAUCAAGGAAGAACAGAUCAUAUCUGGAAGCUGGUGCUCCUGAAGUCCUAUCCGUGUCUCCAGCAUGCUGCUAACUGUCCAGUCAUUAAUGCCACAUACACCAUUACCUGUUCAGCUACCCUUGAGACUGUACAUCACCUCCUCUUGUGCACACCCAUCUCCAACAGCCUGGGAACAAAAACAUCAACCAGUCUUUGCCUAAAAACUGAAUUUCAAAUUCUCCUAGGGACUGCUCUAAAUUUUGUGAGGAGAAAUCCCCCAAGAACAAAAGUUAACUAAACAGCAUAGAAAAGAUACUAAAUGUUUAAAACUACACUGGCAGCAGUUACAUAAGCUCCUUUGUGUUCCAAAGUACAUGUGGGAAGGCUAUAAGUAGGGCAGUGAAAAUGUAAGAUAAAUAUAAAUCGCCGGCUUGGAAGAAAAACCCAGUGUUCAUCCCACAGUCUUAAAACCAUUCAUGUGCAGUGAUUUUUUUUACAGUUUUCUAAUUUUGUAUUAUGUUUUGUAAAUUAUUUCUAAAGUGUUGUAAUGCUUCUUAUAUUAAUUUUUUUAUAAACAGAUUUUUGCUAUGAGGCAUAAAUGGUGCCUGAACAGAUUCUUAGGAAGAUAAAUUACGUGUGAGUUGGACAUCUCGGGGGUUGGGGGGGGGAACAUAAACAUUGUGUUUUAUUUUGCUACUGGCAACAUUUCUGGUUCCCAUUUGUGAACAGUUCUCAUGUAGCGAUUACAUUUGAAUGCCUUUUAAUUUUGCAUGUGACUAAAAGAUAGAAUGCUACCAGCAAAUGAAGACAAAAGUCUCUUCAGUCAUAUGUGAAGGUUUGAUGGUUUUCCAAUUUAUUGAUCAUUGAAUUUUUAAAUAUAUAUAUAUAUAAAAUUAUUAUUUGAAGAAUGAACCAAGGGUUCACUUACUGUUCUGAUUUUGUCUUUUUAUGUUUUUCACUAAAAAAGCUAUUUUGGACAGUUGAAGAAAUCAGAUGCAUUCAAAUGAUUCCAAUUUCUUUAUGUUAUUACCAAAAAUAAUGAAAAAAAGAAAAAAAAAGAAAGAGAGAGAGAAAGAAAAGAGAGAACAAGAAAGCAAAAAGGAGCUAGGAAGGAACAAGUAGAGGCGUAUCAAAGAACUCAAGCUAUAACCAAAAAGAAAUAUGUAAAAUGCCUUUGCUCGUCUUCUCAAUGCUGGACCAAAGCUCAAUGUAUGUAGGUAUAUGCACAUUGUAUAGAUAUGGCUAAAUGUUGCUGACAAUCUCGCAAUACUAAACUGUUACUAUUUAAAAAAAAAAAAAAAAAGAAAAAAAAAGAAAAAAGAAAAGAACUACAAAAAUGAAACUGUUCAUCAGUGUUUUACCUCAGCACUCUACUUGUACCCAGUUAUUGACCAACAUUCAAAUAAGAAGCUAAGAGAGGAAAUUGAUUUCCAUGUCAAUGUUUGACUGUAAAAUCUGUUUGGAAAACAUUUUGUAAUGAGCUUUUUGUCAUGUGGUUUGCUUGUUUCCAACUUGAGAUUAUGUGGGGCACAUCUGUUUAUUUAUUGUUAAAAAGUGAUAUUAUUAUUAUUAAUUAUUAUUAUUAUUACUAUUAUUAUUAUUAUUUUUGUCCUAUGUGCUAUAAUCUACAGAAUGGUCACCAGGGUCACUUAUGAAGCACUGCAAAGAGAUCAUGUUUUUCCAUGCAUGGAGCAUGCAGCAGGAAAGAUGGCAGUACAAAACGGACUGUAUUGUGUUGUUAACAAAUACGAAUAACUACGAAAAGGAGUUGACGUGGUGGACUUGUGACCAAGAAACCAAACUGGAUAUUUAAAAGCUCCUUACUACUCUGACUUUGAAACCAAAGCUGAUUUAUCUGCACAGGUUGCUUAACAUGAAAAAACAUAAAAAAUAAAAAAAACUGACAAAAACUGUACUUAAUCUAGAGCAAUAUCUGUAUGGUCAGUAAAGCUGCACUUUGUGUAUUUCUUAACAGCUUCAGAUCUGUCACUUUUAAUUUGUACCAUAAAAAAUAAAGAAUUGUUUGACAUGAAAAAUAA